UCUCUAAAUCUCGUAACAAAAGUCAAGUGUUGCAUCAUGUGAAAACUCAAAGAUAACAUCCACCAUAAGUUUCUGAAAAACCUCUCCUGAGAAAACUACUUAACGAAUCAGUAUAAAAGGGGUCGAAAACCGAUCUUAAUCACAGUUUCCAACGAAAUCACCAUGAAGACGACUAUUUUGAUAUUGGCGAUUGUUGCUUUUGCGGCUGCGGUUCCAAAACCUGGCCAGUUGCAUUAUCGUAACUUGUUCAAACAUCCUGUCAAAGAAAUUCAAGUUAAACCCAGCCCACGCAUCAUCGGAGGACAAGAAGCCGAACCCCACUCCAUCCCUUAUCAAGUCCUUUUGGAAGUCUAUUCCGCAGACGGAGGGUGGUACUGUGGCGGCAGCCUCAUUUCCGAAAACUAUAUUCUAACUGCGGCCCACUGCAACGUAGAUGGCACUGAAGCCCACAUUACCCUAGGAGCCCACAAACAAACAGAAGCCGAAGACACUCAAGUCAAGGUAGUCAGUACGGAACUCACGGUCCACGAAGAUUACGACGACGAACUAAUCAUCAACGAUAUCGGCGUUAUCAAGCUCCCCGAACCGGUAGUACUCACAGACGCUAUUCAAGUCGUUGCCUUGCCAACUAAAGCUGACGCUAGUAAUGAUUACGUUGGUACUACUGCUAGAAUCAGUGGUUGGGGCUUGACUGACGGUCUUGGUGAUACGCUUUCCGAAGUACUGAACUACGUCGACGUUGAUGUUAUCACCAACGAAGAUUGUGAGGAAGCUUUUGGUGAUUUGCCAGAAACUAACAUUUGCACGUCUGGAGAUCAAGAUACUGGGUCUUGCAAUGGUGAUUCUGGUGGUCCUUUGGUAGCCGAAGAUAAACAAAUUGGUGUGGUUUCCUUUGGAAUCAUGUUCUGUUUGCCUGGGUAUCCAAGUGGGUUUACGAGACUUACUAGCUUUUUGGAUUGGAUUGAAGCGAAUACUGAUGUUCAAAUACAAUAAGUUCUUGGUAGGGUGAUAACCGGUGUAAUUUAUUUACUAAAUAAAUGAUAUUUUUAAUGAGUAAA